AUGGCAUACUUUGGACAUCAGGCUGAUCUUUGUCAUAAAAUUAUUUACUUAUUCUUAAAAUGAGCUAAAUCGGCUCAAUCUAGGACCCUGAGGAAAUAGGUUGGAGGGAAAGGGAGGAGUUCAGAAAAUGGAGGGAAAAAGUGGAAAGAAUAAGGGCGUGGCUGGUUAAGGUAGAGAGAGGGAACAAUUAACUAACUAGGAAAAUGGUGCCUAGAGGCCUAGUUUUAUUUCUCUUCUCAAGCAGCAGAUCUGCUAGAAAGUCUUGAGAAAAUAUCUGAAAACACAAGGUUGAAAAACUUUGCUUGUGUGGAUUAUUGGAUUCUUUGGAUUGUCAUUCCUGUUGGAUUCAAUGGACCUGUUUUCUGUGUUUGUUUGACCAUCAUUGUAGGACUCUACUAAUGGUGGAAACUUUGCGGAGACCGAGCACGCUCAGAGGAUCCCGGCUGCCACGCGGCAGAUGAAACGCCGGGACAGACAGCGUUUCUUUGAAGAUGUCUUUCAGCACGAUGUGGAUGUUUACCUGUCUGCUGCUCACCUGCAGAUCGAGCACAAGAGACCCCCGAUUGGCAGCAUCUCCUCCAUGGAGGUGAACGUGGACAUGCUGGAGCAGAUGGAACACAUAGACAUUUCAGACCAGGAUGCCCUGGAUGUCUUCUUUAAUUCGGGGGCUGAGGAGGGUGUGUCACCCUCCCUGCUGCCAGGUGAUGACGACGACGACGAUGAUGAUGAUGAUGAUGAGGAUGAUGAUGAAAAAGAGGAGAAGGGGCUGACAAAGGGGAUCUCGCUGCUGGUGCCUGAAGGCUGUGAGACAAAAUUUCGAAUGUCGUCAACGUCCUCUGCCUCAACUGACCCCUGCAGCCUGGACCCCAGUGAAGAGGGAGGAGAGACCCCUGUCAUCCAAUCAGAUGAGGAGGAAGUACACUCGGACCACCUCCUGCUCACAGCCACACCCGCUACCAAGGAUGAAGAGGAGGAGAAGCCUUCUGUCUCUUCAUAGCAUAGCCUCGAACAGUCAACCUCGAACAGUCACCAGUCAUUGUAGACUGACCCUGGAUCAGCUCCAGCAGUUUUGAUGUGAGAGGUGGGGUAAGGCAGAAAGUCAUUGGAGCUGAAUCCAGAUCGGGACAGGAAGUUCCCAAAACGUUGCCAUGUCGAAGAGGGGCCAGGCUAUGCUGGCCGAUUGGUCUGGCAGGUUUGUAAGGAGAGAACCUGACUAAUGCCAGCAGACCGCUUGGCUGGGAUUCUAGUGAUUAAUUUUCCUUUUUCAAUUUUCUUUUUUUUUUUUUUGUAGUACAGGUUUCACACCUUUUAAUUUUUGGAGUGAAUUUGGCUUCGCCCUUUCCUUUUUUUCAACUACCAGAAGAUGCCAAAGCUCCUCUGACAAUAGUGUUUUUCCCCCUGUUCACAGCUGACAACUGUCACACUAAGAUUAUUUGAAGAUAUGUAGUAAUAUUCUUUGUGUAUAGCACUCAUGAUCUGAAAAUUAAGUAAGACUGAAAAUAUUAAUACAGUAGAUUGCUGUAAGCAAAGAUGAAAUUGUGUGAUUACUUUUUUCCAUGGUAUUCAGUAUCAUAUCUUCAUUUAGCUUGCAUCCUAGAAACUGUAAUAAUAUUUUUAAAAUACGAAAAUAGCUGCUGUCAAAUUAGCUUGUUACUGCAUUGUGUCAUUGUAUGCAAUUAUAAAGUGGAUAAACGCAGCCAUGAUAACUUCGAUGCUGUGCAAACAAACUGCUCAGGAUUAUUCCCAGAUUGUGUGAACACUUAAAUAGUUGGGACUUGACACUGAACUUUUAAUUGAAUUAUGUUUUGUACUGGAACUUUUUAAGCUAACAGCUUUAAAACCUGUGUUGUUAGAAGCCUGCGAUAGUGAACAGUAUAAAUACCAUAAAAAGGUAUUUAUUCAACAUAUCUGCAUGGUUGAAAUGUUAAAGUGCGUGACAUGUCUCAAUUAAUUCAAAAUGUGAUUGAGUAUUGGUAGCCUAAUAUUUAUUUGCAUAACUAAGGUAAUUAUGACAGCCAUAUGUUGACAAAAAGUUGAACACCUUUAAUUAUGAAGGCAAACAAAUUUGUAGGAAAACCUUUAUGAAGGCAACAUAUUGCCAGUCUACAUGAUUAUGUUUCAAGUUCAGAAUUAGGAUAGUCUCCCAGUUCCAUUUUGUAUUCUGUCCUUUCAUAUGAGUCCGAUGAACAGAGUUGUCUGAAGCCAUGCUAAAAUCAUCUGGCUACUAUACCUUUGUUAGUUUAAAAAACUUACAGCUUUAACCCUCCUGUUCUGUUCAUUAUUCAGGUACAGCAAAAAUGUUCCCGGGUCAAUGUGACCCGGUGCAUGUUUAAACAUCCAAAAGUUGUCAGAAACCAAAAAAUCCUAAUAAACAUUGUUUGGGUACCUAAUUACUAACAAUUCCAUCAAAA